AUGAGUGGCAAGUCAGACAUUUCGUUCCUGCUGAACCCGCAGCCCACAGUCGAAGAAUGGUCCAUGCAGUUAACUCCGCCCAUGUCACCGUCACCGUCAGCCACGGCUGCACGACUGACUGCAAUGGCGCAGAGUCCGGCCGCGUCAGCCAUGUCGUCAUCGCUCCUGCUCCUGGGUUCGUGCAUCGCGCCACGCGAGAAGAUGAGCAGUAGCUAUCAUUGUGUGAACACCACGAGUAAGAAACCGCUGCUUCCAGCGCUGUCACUCGCUGCAUUGUGCGAAGCGAGUAGUGGCAGCAGCAACUACAAUAGCAGUGGCGCCGAGUCUAGCUGCAGUGACGAUGACAACGAGGAACCAACCACCGAAGCAACGUCAUCGACAUCGACUAAGACGCAACAUACAACCUACACGACUACUGAUCCGAAGCCCACCACCGCCGCUAAACUCAAGCCCAAGAAGACUCGGACAGCACGCACUCGAGUCCACAAGAGCCGCACGCCACCCUGCCAGGUCGAGGGGUGCACGAACAUUGCUGUGUCUCGUGGCUGUUGCGUCCGUCAUGGCGGUGGCUCUCGGUGCCCAGUGACGGGAUGCCCCAACCGCGCCAAGCUGUACAAGAAGUGUUUCCAGCACGGUGGCUUCAAGACGUGCGCGACCGAGGGAUGUACGCGCAAAGCGAAGCGGUACGGCCACUGCUGGUCGCACGGCGGUGGUCGAAUCUGCGAGGUUCCUGAUUGUGAGAAGGUGUCUACACAGGGCGGUCUGUGCUGGGCUCACGGCGGUGGCAACCGUUGCAAACUGGAGGGCUGCAGUCGCCGUUCGUACCAGAAGUAUGGGUACUACUGCGUGGAUCACGCGUCUCGGAACAAGGUCGAGUCUGCAGAUUGA